AAAAGAGAAAGGAAAGAAAGAAAAAGGAUGUCGUGGAUACCACCAAACCUAGCGACUCUCUGCUCACCACACUCCACAGUGUCAACCUGUCAACAACCCACGUUCAUGUUUCUCACGCUCGUCGCUCAUCUCUUCGGUCGUUCCAAAGACGACCGCCCUUAUUAUCGUUCAUCUCGCCACGUCGAAGAAUCGGCGAGAUCGACGCCAGAGUUACUAUUUAGCUACAGUGGCGACAAUGUCAAAAAUUCGUCGACAGAUGAAACGUACAGUUAUCAGUUUUCUACGAGACUCGACGAUAGUCGAGUGGUUCAAGAGAGAAAGGGGCGAUCGACGGUGAAUAUCGAAGGGAUCUACGACUUUAGUCCGAGAACGAGACCAAUCAGCGCGUUGGCUGCGAUCUAUGAUGAUUUCAAGCGAGGAGGACUUUCUGACAAACAUCAAUGGACAUAUCACUUUACAAAUUCAUAUCCACGUUCAUUCCCUUUCGAAAGCCAACUGAGCGAUCCAAAUCAUAAUCCACGUGGAUUGCAAAGAAUUUUCGUGGACGAAGAAAGACAAUCGCCACGUGUAGAGGAAACGAAUUCUCGCGAGAAUGAGUACGACUUUAUCAUCGUUGGAGCUGGAUCAGCCGGAUGCGUUCUUGCGAACAGAUUAAGCGAAAUAAAACAUUGGAAGAUAUUGUUGCUGGAAGCUGGCAUAGAAGAGCCCGAGGUGGCCGAGAUUCCAGCUUUUGCCUCGAUGCUGCAAGCAAGCAACAUCGACUGGAUGUAUCGCACGCAACCAGAGAAAUAUUCCUGUCGGUCCCGAAGAGGUGGAGGCUGCCCGUGGGCAAGGGGCAAAGUGAUGGGUGGUUCCAGUGCCAUCAAUUACAUGAUCUACAUUCGUGGUAAUCCAACAGACUACGACGAAUGGGCAGAAGAAGGAAAUCACGGUUGGAGCUACGAAGAAGUUCUACCAUACUUUCUCAAAUCGGAGAAUAACAUGGAUCCAGAGAUAGUGAGAGAGAAUCCUCACUACCACAGCGAAGGUGGUUACCAGCCGGUGGAACGAUUCCCGUACAUCGACGACAACACGAAGAUCCUGUUGGACGCGUGGCAGGAACUGGGCCACGAGCCGGUGGAUGCCAACGCGAACAGCCAGCUGGGCGUGAUGAGACUGCAGACGACUUCCGCCCGUGGAACGCGUCAUAGCGCGAACAGCGCCUUCGUGCGACCCGUUAGACACGCGCGCGAAAACCUGACCAUCAAAACUAGAGCUCACGUCACGAAACUACUGACAGGCAACAUCGGGACGAAACAUGUGACAGGCGUCGAGUACGCCGCCACGUAUAACAACGCAGCAAUGGAAUUCAACGUUGCUUUCGCCAGGAAAGAGGUGAUCGUCUCGGCUGGAACGAUCGACACGCCGAAGGUGCUGAUGCUGUCGGGGAUUGGGCCGAGGGACGAGUUGGACAGACACGGUAUCAGAUUGAUUCGCGAGUUGCCCGUUGGCAGGAAUCUCCAGGACCACGUGACGAUGGAUGGCCUGGUGAUCGCGUUGAACUUCACCUCCACGGCUAAGGAUGAAAAUUACCUGAAGGAGGAGGAUAUCGUCCAGUACGAGAGGGCCAAGGGAGGACCUCUGUCGGCGACUGGCCCUCUCUCAUGCGGAGUCUUCCUGCAGACGAUCUACCAGCGAGGAUUGGACGUGCCCGACGUGCAGUAUGCAUUCGACGCGAGCAAUCAGGAGGACUUUUUGAAGGCGCCAGGCGAGUACAAGGAGACGGCGGUGGAACCGCUGUCGUACUACGACGCUAUCAACAUCAGGCCGAUCUUACUGUCGCCUAGAAGCAGAGGGCUCGUGCUGCUGAACGACAGUGAUCCUCUGUGGGGGCCACCUUCGAUCUAUCCAGGAUACUUCACCAGCCACACCGAUUUGGAGGUGCUGGCGGAAGGGGUGCGAGCAGCUUUAGAGCUGUUUCGCACGGAGUCGUUCAGGAGGAACGGUUUCAGGUUGAUGGACGCACCGUUGCCUGCUUGCAGACAGUUCGAGUUCGGCGAGAGGGAUUACUGGAAGUGCGUGAUGAUGGAGUAUACAGCGACUAUUUAUCAUCCGGUCGGGACAUGCAAGAUGGGGCCCAAGUGGGAUCCCGAGGCUGUGGUGGAUGAGAGGUUGAAGGUGCACGGUGUUGGUGGUUUGAGGGUCGUCGACGCCUCGAUCAUGCCAAAAAUUGUCAGAGGGAACACGAACGCGCCUACUAUCAUGAUCGCGGAGAAGGCUGCCGAUAUGAUCAAGGAGGAAUGGCUGUAUGAAGAGGAAGGUUGGUUUUAGACGACGAAAGAAUUUAAGGAAUUUAAUCUUCGGAUGUUUGAAUAAUAAAAUAUGUAUGAAAUGAUAAAAUAAUAAUAUAUAUGAUA